CUUUGUUGACUUUCCUCGUUGUCAGCAGCAGCAGCUUCACCCUCAAGGCCAUUUCCUCGCACACGGUAUUGGCGUUCCUGCAGCCGCAGCACCGCCAUGGUCCAUUCGGGUAUCGAGCAGGUCUCGCCCUCACCCGCCGAUGCGGUCGACUUCCCCCCCUCGUGGAAGGACAUGGGCAGGUCCUAGAUGAUAUCGGCUACGAGAAGGAGAUGGAGCUGCGUCGAGCCUUUCGUCGCCUCGCCGACCGCCAGGGUUUGAUGGAUCUGACUGGUUUCUACAGCUUCAAUGACUUUGCGGAGAUGGUGAGCAGCGGUGACCUGGAGAGGCAGGAGCUGCGGGAGGUGUGGGAUGGGCAGAAGAAAGUGGUAGGGGACAAGAUCGAUGUGGAUGGAUUCGUCAUGGCGUAUCGGCAGAUCAGCAGCCUGUUCGAGGAUGUGGAGAUGGAGGAGCACACGCCGGCGCCACUCAGUGCUGAAGAGAGCGAAUGGAGGGGCAUCUUCAUCGGUCUCAGCGGCUCAGCAGACGGCGCUCUUCUCUUUGACAAGUUUGUUCAGUUCGCCUCGGACAGGCCGCUGCCAGCGCUGGAGAGUUUGUGGCUUCGUCAUGUCGGUGGCCGGUCUCUUGCGGCCUCUCUCCCUCAGUUUCUUUCCCUCAUGGCUUCCUUGCCCGCAGUGUCAGUGUCAGCACGAGGGCCAAUCGAACUGCGAGAGCCGGUGGAGGAGGAGUCGGUGAGAGAGUUAGCUCAGGCGCCUGUAGGGACUGUCUCGCCCUCCAACGAGUUGCUUGAUAAUGUGCCUGGCGGGGCGAGGGAAGAGUUCGCGAAUGCAGCAAAAGGGGCGAGGGAGAUCACAUUUGAUGCAUUCACCCAAGUGCCGAGGGUACGAAGAAUGGUUGACGUCGGAGGUGAGGAAGAACUGGCACUCACGUCAAGAAUGCGACUGUGUCUCCCUGCUGUCUUGUUCGCUGAUAGACAUUGACGAGGUAGAGUUGUGGAGCCUGUGGAGCCGCUCGACAGACAACAGGCCCUCAGCUACUGUGAGCCAGUACGCCGCCACCAUCCGACGUCUCGACCAGCUCUUCGAAGAAGAGGUCGCGGAGGGACCUCCCUCAAAGAAGUUGCCGUCACCGUCCUCCGCCCCUCCUUCCAUCGACUUGUCGGCCACUACGAGCGCCGCGAGUGAGUCAUCUCUUGUACCUGCUCCGUCAUGGAUCCCUGGAAUGCCCAACAGAGGAGGUGGUGGAGAGGGGACAGUCGUCAGCAAGAUGAGAGUGGCCCUUGGGAAGAGGCGGGGAGGCGACGAAGAGGGGGUCAAGGGUGAACAGGCGGCUGUGUCCCUUGGUGUUGCACCUAAGGAGUCUUUGAUGGCAUUGCUAAGACAGGUAGGGUGGUAGAGGCAGGUUGGACAGACGGACAGACGAAUGUGUGAGGUGAUGAUUGUUCUAUCAGGUGACAGACAACGGCCUUUCUUGUCCUGCUUAUGUGGACAAGAACAUAAGAACGCUGGCUCAGCAGCUCAACCAGAUGCCAGAGAACUUCAUAUGCAGGGUAUGAGCGGAUUUUUCUUGCCUGUAUUCUUAUAUCAUGACAUUGCCUCCCGCGCAGGGACGCAAGGCACUGCUAAAGACCCUUGCAGGUGGUUGGAAGCUCGAUUACACGUCAUCUGAUACCGUCAGGUUCAACAAGGGGCUAUCAGGUGCUGCACACGAGGGAACCACAAUGAACCAAAUCACACUGGCUCAUGUCUGCAGGUUUGGCCAAGACGAUUCCUGGUUCGAUUUUCAUGAAGCUCGAGCAGCAGCUGUUGACUGACAGCAUCCUGUCUGAUUUCGAGUACACCGAAAGGAUUGGCAGUGUCGAUGUGACACUCACGGGCGUGUGGGACGUGCGACUUCGUAGGCAAUGAAACUGACCGGAAAACGUGCGCAGCAUCGCAGCGGUCUCUCUUGUGUGGUGCACUUGCAGGGACGUCUCAGUUCACGAACAAACCUGUCUUCAUGUGAGCUCCAGGAACCGAGGACGAACUCAAACGACCGCGCUGCAUCUCUGUAUCAGGUUUGAGCAGACGUUCGAAAAGGCCUCUUACGGUUUUGUGAACUCGAAGUGCACGACGUGGCCAUCACUGAGGCCAUAUGCAGGGAUGGAGGUGAGAAAAGAUAAAAUCGACGGAGUGCCUCCAUUAGGCUGUGUUGGUUUGCUGUGUGUAUGCAGUUGGUGUACGUUGAUGCUGACCUCCAGAUAGUGCGUGGGAAUGCCGAGACGAGUUUGUUCGUCUUCUCGCGGAUCAUGUAACCAAAUGGUUACCCAGUGGGGGGGAGGGAUUGUGUGAUUCAGGACAGUUGCGCGUCUGAUCAUGUCCUGCAUCAGGCGUGCCAUAUCAUAGCAUAUGUGUAACGGCACUGCAUGAGAGAAGUCUCACACAAAACAACAUCAGUCUCCCUCAUCUACGCGCACAUGACACUACAACGAUCCUGCUUAUCUACUGUAAGACAGCUCUCACCACCAC